UCGUAGUGUGGGGUGGCCUUUGCAUGGAUAUUCGGGGCAUCCUAACCGUGUGUGAAGUGUCAAGUGAGGUAGUCCGAACUGGGACUGGUUUUAUGUAGUCGUGGUAAAGAAUUUUCACAGCAUCAUUCAAGAUGGCAGAUUCGACGCUGGAAUCCGUGACUAUUGUGUCGUCUUCAUAUCAGCCAAAAGGAAGAGAAAAUGCUGCAGUUCAAACUUCGUCUUCACUCAAGUUUUCGGUUUGUGGGAGCUCGCAUCUAUCGUCAAGCAGUCGAAUAACGGAUGGUGUGGCAACGGGUAACGUGCCGUUGUCAGCCAACCAAGCGGACAUUACAACAAAGACAACAGCCGAUUCAGACAAGAGGAAAAAGAGUAAGAUGGCCGAAGAUGCUAGAAGCAAUACAGGGGCGUGUGAAGCUAUCGUUUCGACAAACGGCUAUGAAACAAAAGAAGUGUCUAUCAAAGAACAUUUUGAUGAUCAACGCCAUCCUCUCAAUACAGCAACAGUGCUGGUCAGUGACGAAAAGAAACGCAGGCGAUCGGACAGAUAUGACAGUUCCGAAAGUUCAGACAGUGGAGUGGCGUCUCUCACGUGUUCAGAUGCCUCGUCUUGGAGCAGCAGUAGCGACAUCACAGAACCAGUUUCUCCUGCCUCACCUGCAUCGUCACAGCCAAGCCCAAUGGGCCAACCAGUGUUGGACAACAUUACUAGCAACCACCAUUUCGCUACAAUAAACUCUGCAAGAAUAAAGGAACGAAAAAGCUGCCCCAACCAGAAAUGCCUCAUCAGUGGUGUCCAGCAAAAGCAAUUACUUGCAGGGGGCACCUCUCUUUCCACGUUGUCGCCAACAUUUACUUGUAAUACGAGCCUGAAGCGGCGUCGCAGAUAUAGUGAUUCUGCGUCACCAGAAAUCUUCCAUCAGCAUAAUUUAGAUGGCUUUUGUGCACGGGGUCGCGGGAAGCGCAUCCGCCGUCUAUCUGGAGAACCCAUUUCAAAUCACAACAAAGAUUCCUUCCAAAAUUACUGGGACAUAUCAGAGAAUCACAAUGGACCGGUGCACGGCGUAACGUCUAAUCUGGAGUGGCUUGCUUUAGUUUGGAAGAAUAAUGGAUGCAAUGCUGUUUGCCCAGAUACCAAACAAAUUCGUAAGCAACAACUUUCAUCAAACCAACGUCAAUCGUGGCCGCUAGCUAAACAUCUUCACCAAAAGAGUGGUCAGCUGAAGAUCACGGAAUUCUUCUCAACUCAAGUGAAACAACAUUGGAAUUAUUCCAGAUUUUCAAGUGUAGAUAACAAGGGUGUCAAACUUCCGGUUGGUCUAUGCAAUUCCAAUUGGCGUUUAUCAGGAUCUCGUGUCGCCAUCGUCUCUGUUGCUCAGGUCAACCGUCAUAGCGACGAAGGUUCUUUUAAUCCACAUACGGCCAACAAUAGUGUAGGAUUUGAAAAGCCUAUGCCUGCCGGCCGACCACUUGAUUUUGGUUUCCCCGCUAAAGCGUCUGGCCCUGCUCCGAUCCGCUUCCCCAUUCAUCAGGUUACCUCGUGCCAUAAAAGUGAUGCCUCUUUACCUAUUGGCGUGGUCCAGUGUCAGUGGCAGCACUGCAAGUUCAGAUUGACGCCAGGACAAUCACUUCUAGAGCAUAUUCAAAAUGUACACGUAGUUUCUCAAGCCUCAAAACCAAUUUCUCUAUCCAAAUGGGGUGAUUCCGACGCCGCGGCGGAAACGACUGCUGACACAACUUCUUGCGACGAAUUGUAUUCUUGCCAAUGGGAAGGCUGCAAAGUCCAGGGAAGGACUUCGUCUUCAAGAGCGUGGCUGGAAAGACAUGUCUUGUUACAUGGAGGUCAUAAACCAUUUCGUUGCAUUGUUGAUUUAUGUGAGCAGCGCUUUAAUUCACAGGCUGCUCUUCAACGUCACGUCAAUGCACAUUUUAAUCAGGAACCUGGCCAAACUGGUAAUGGCAAUGGUAUCAAACGUGACAAUGCACCUGCUAAAGUUAUCCGCCGAAAUUCGAAGAAGCUCAAACACCGUCGUAGUAAAGUCGCGCCAGCACGCCUGUUUGAUUUUUUCGAUUCGGGAGUUAUGGAACGCUUACGCCAUCAACUAAUAAAUUCACGGACGACCCAUAAUCAAAUUGGUGUUUCCUGUGUAACCAAUGAUCUCACAGUUCACAGCCAGGUAAUUGCGCGGCGUUUGGACGCCAAUGGAAAAUCAAGAGUUCUAUUACGGUGGACGCCGCAGGACGUGCUGCCUGAUCAAUGGGUAUUGGAAGAAGAAGUGGUAACGCAGAAGAAUGUCUCAAUGGGCAACCUUAGCGCUGCUGUCCAAAUUAAAUUGCAUAACUUGUUGGUUCGACCUCCCGCCGGAAAGGGAGCUACCAAACAGCGUCGCAAGCGAUAGCCUGUUAUUUCAUGUCAACUCGAGCGCUGUUGUCUGUAAUAUGAAUCUAUUUCUCUUUGGGGUUCGUGUUUCAAGCUUGAUGGUAUAUAAUCGUGUGUUUGACUGGCGUUACGACAAACGUCUGCUGCCGUUGACCUGUCGAGAACGAGUGGGAAAAUGGUUCCAUGUCGGCAAUAUCGCAAAGUAUGUAUUUAGCAAACAUCGUCGUACUUGCAGGACACGUUCGAUCAGCUAAGGGAGCUUUCGUGUGCCGUAGAUUCUUAUUUUUCAGACGCUUUUUUCGUUCUCGACAAUGCAACAACGGAGAACAGGGUUAAAUCACCCCAGCCUUUCCAUCUUCCAUUAUUAUUUCGUUUUAUCAUGGAAUCAAACUUUCGCUGACUUUUUUUUUUAUUCAUUGCUAAACAGUUAUGGAUUUUUUUUCUUUUGACACCCAAGUUCCAAUGUUACACACCCUCAAACUGACACAGUUUAAAACAGAAUGUAGGCUUUAAAGUGGAGAUGCAGGGAAAUAUGCGACCUGUUCGUGUAUUUGUCUGCGUGCGUGUCCUCGUUCCUGUUUGCCCGCUUCGACUUUCAAACGGCAAACAUUCCUAGUGUUUGCGAAUCACUUUUUCCCCCUCCCACUUUUUCUAUACUUUCCUUUUACCUAAGUCCUAGUCAACGCAAUCUUUAAAAAACUUAGCCGCGUUAGUACGUAUAUGAAGUCUGUAGCACACGAAAAAUUACCGAUGAAAUUUACUCGGCGUAGUAAUAUUUUGACUCUCGGGAUUGUGUUCAUCUGUUAGUCUUUUACGAAGGGAAACUCACGCUAUGUUUCGUAAACCUUUUUUUACAUUUUUUUUUUUUUUUUUUUUUGCACUGCCAAUCCUCGCGUUUAUUUCAGGACAGUUGCGUUCGUAUUUGCGAUUCCGAAAAGAAUAUCUGAGUUCUGAAAAUGGAAAUUGAUACGUUUCGAUAGUGGUUUCGGCGCUAUGUUAUGUAAAUGACUUGAUGCGUGCUUGCACAUUUAAAUUGGGGAAUGACAUCGUUGCGAGUUGCCAUCGCAUUUUUUAUCCUUGGCGCAUACCUCGUAUAAUUUUGCUCACCGUUUGUCAAAUAAAAAGUAACUAUGGCAAAGUAGUAACGGAUGGAUCGUCGUGGCUGACAUAGACCACAUUCAUCUAAACAUGGUGCUCGAGCAAUGACUUGAGAUCUUUCAUACGUUGUUUCAAUGAAUUGUAAUGUGAUCUCAAAAGUUCGCCAUUUUCUGUACUUAUUCAUGAAGUUCAAGACGAUUGCCUUGUAAUCGUUUCUUUUGCCUUCACAUUGUCAAAUGUCAUUUUUUUUCCUCUUCUUUGUGGAAAACGUUUUACGAGUAUCAAACGAUUUUCAGUAGAAAUCAGAAAUAAUUGUGAUGCUCCCUUGAGGUUUCCCCGUAUUAUUUCUUUUUGUUUGACGAGUAAAAUAGACUACCUCAUUUCAGCACUGCCAACUGUGUAACUCUGCCACGUCCUACGUAUUACUCAUUUUAUUACAAGUAAGAAAAUAAAAUCAAAGACUUAGUUACA